CCUGGUGAGGACGAAGCGCCAUAGCCACGGUAGCCCUGGCGACCAGAACCCAGCAACGAGAAUCAACAACAACAACAGAAUCCGCCAUAAAAAUAAAAAUUUAAAAAGACAAUUUAUCAGAGGGAGGAUUUACACGAGAAACCAGAGGUGAAGCUUUAGGGUGAUUACCAGUUCUUGUAAUGGCCACCUCAGCCUACGUAGGGGAGAUCCCACCAGCAGUCCAAACUCAGGGGACUGCUGUUACUGUGACUCCAGGUCAGCCUGACGCUUCCUCCACCUCUGCAACUACCCCUCAGUUUUUAGCAGAGAUUCAGACUACCGUGGCCGCUCCCACUGUUGUCACACCCUCGGGCCAAACAACUCCUACUGAACAGACGUCCUCCCUCACCACUCAGAAGCCCACAGCUGCAAGUCAAACCCAAACCGCUGCACAGGCGCAGCCGCCUCAGGCACAGUAUGUGACUGCAGAGAUCCAGGGUUCCCCCACACAAUCUGGAAAUGCUCAAAGCACGCCUCAGUACAUUGUUGUCACAGUUACAGAGGGUUCCCUUCACUCAAGUGACAGCGUGUCAGACUCCAGCCCACCUCCAGCUGUUGUACAGACAGGAGUUCCCACACAAGUUGUUCAGCAAGUACAGACAGCCCAGCAGAGGUCUGUGGUGCAGGCCACUUCCCAGAUAACCAAAACAGAGCCGGGCACACAGCUGAGUGUCACCAAUCUGCAGCCUGUUCACAUCACACAGGACGUCCAGCAGCAGCUCACACCGGUGCCGGUGCAACAUGUGUAUGCCAAUCAAGUACAGUAUGUGGAAGAAGGGGACACCAACUACACUACAAGCACCAUUCGCUCCAGCACCUUCCCUUACAAUGAGACCCCCCUGUACACCCAGACCACUGCUGGCCAGUAUUAUGAAGCUCAGCCAACUUCAGGCUCACAGGCAUCGUCUCCUGGCUCAUCUCUGACUGUCUCUGUGGCUGCUGGUACCACGGGAGGUGUGUCCAUGUUUGUAGCCCAACCCACUAGUGCAGCAGGGGGAGGGGCCACUGUGGUGACCGCAGGGGGUACCACCAACGGUUCAGAGGAGGGGGCGGGCACUAACGGUAGCACAGCGGGCAGCUAUGUGAUCCAGGGGGGUUACAUGCUGGGUGGCAGCAGCAGCAGCAACAGCAGCAGUAAUGGAGCGGCAGCUGGGAACAGUCAGAGCUACUCACACACCGCCCGUGCCUCCCCAGCCACUGUACAGUGGUUGCUGGACAACUAUGAGACAGCUGAAGGAGUCAGUCUGCCACGUUCCACCCUUUACUGCCACUACCUGCUGCACUGCCAGGAGCAGAAACUUGAGCCUGUCAAUGCUGCCUCUUUUGGGAAACUCAUUCGAUCAGUGUUCAUGGGGCUUCGCACACGACGCCUGGGCACUCGGGGUAAUUCUAAAUACCACUAUUAUGGGCUGAGAAUUAAGGCAGGCUCUUCUCUUCUCCGUCUGAUGGAAGACCAGCAACAUCUGGCCAUGAGGCAGCAGCCAUUCUCGCAGAAACAGAGACUGAAGCCUGUGCACAAAGUUGAGGGAAUGACCAACGGUACAGCAGCUGGAUCAGGGCAGCAACAGCAGCAGGGAUCAGGACAUGUGGACAUCAGCACCCAAGUUCAGCAGUACCAGCAAUUCCUUGAUGCUUCCAGAGCUCUCCCAGAGUUUCCGGACAUCGAUCUCCAGGGGAAGACUCUGCCAGAGGGAAUUGAACUUGAGCACAUAAAGAGCUUUCAGCUGCUUUACAGAGAACACUGUGAGGCCAUAGUGGAUGUGAUGGUCAAUCUGCAGUUUACUCUGGUGGAGACUCUGUGGAAAACCUUCUGGAGGUUCAGUCAAAGUCAGGCUGGAGAUGUCACCAUGACUGUUCACGAUGAGUCAGAGAAGCGUCUCCCAAAAUCCUGCUUGGUGUUGCUGUGCAAGUAUGAGCCAGUGCUGCGCUGGAGCCGUGACUGUGACAACAGCCUGUACCAGAGCCUGGUGGAGAUCCUCAUCCCUGACGUCCUCAGACCCAUCCCCAGUGCCUUAACUCAAGCCAUUCGAAACUUUGCCAAAAGCCUAGAGAGCUGGCUGACAAACGCCAUGAUGAACAUCCCCGAGGAAAUGGUUCGCAUCAAGGUAACAUCAGCCAAUGCUUUUGCCCAAACGCUGCGUCGCUACACCAGUCUGAACCACCUCGCCCAGGCGGCCCGUGCUGUCCUCCAGAACACAGCUCAGAUCAACCAGAUGCUGUCUGACCUCAACCGUGUCGACUUUGCUAACGUCCAGGAGCAGGCUUCAUGGGUGUGCAGGUGUGAAGACCGUGUGGUUCAGCGGCUCGAGCAGGACUUCAAGCUGACCCUCCAGCAGCAGAACUCGUUGGAGCAGUGGGCUGUAUGGCUUGAUGGUGUGGUGUCCCAGGUCCUGAAGCCCUACCAGCAAAGCCCUGCUUUCCCUAAAGCUGCCAAACUCUUCCUACUUAAGUGGUCCUUCUACAGUUCCAUGGUGAUCCGAGACCUGACCCUGCGGAGCGCAGCCAGUUUUGGUUCCUUUCACCUGAUCCGUCUUCUGUACGAUGAGUACAUGUACUACCUUAUAGAGCACAGAGUGGCCCAGGCUAAAGGAGAGACUCCCAUUGCUGUUAUGGGAGAGUUUGCCAGUUUAGGUCGAGGUCUGAACACGCUGGAUCCUGACAAAGAAGAAGAAGAGGAAGAAGAAGAGGAGAGCGAGGAAGAGGGUCAGGAGCUGUCUCUUCCCUCCGACGAGGCCGGGCUCGGGGAGGAGUCUCUGGAGCCGCCUGCUAAGUUAGCCAGAACUGAUCAGCGAGUCCUCUUCACCACCGGCUCAGCUGACAACUAACCAGUGACACACGUGUGCUGCUAAUAUUCAUCUCACACACAGAUGUAAACAAAAAACACUUAUUUAUACAUUUGAUAUCUGUAAAUAGAUCUUGUCGAUGUUUGUGAACACUCGCCGUGUACUGUUGUGGAAGCACAUGCAGUCUGAACACACUCGGUCAUUAACUGCUGCUGCCUGGAUGGCACAACCACCUUCAUCUAUCCCACCGUCACUGUUGUUAAAAUAGGGCGUGGCUUCUAAAAACAAAGAGAACCACAAAACAUCUUAACCCUCAGUUGUAUAAUUCUGUAAAAAAGAACUAAAG